AUGCCCACCAAGAUUCUAGACGACUAUGCCAAGAAGAUGCGAGAUGCGGAAAACGAGUCGCAUGAGGGAAAGCGGAAAGCCGAGUCUUUGUGGCCUAUCAUGCGUAUCUCGCACGCGCGCUCGAGGUAUAUCUACGAGCUGUACUAUAAACGGGAGGCGAUAUCGAAGGAAUUGUAUGAUUGGCUUUUGAAGCAGGAAUAUGCGGACCCCGCGUUGAUUGCCAAGUGGAAGAAGACGGGGUAUGAAAAGCUGUGUUGUAUUCGGUGCAUUCAGAGUAGGGACAUGAACUACCAAGGCUCAACAUGCAUCUGCAGAGUGCCGAAAGCUCAGGUACGAACGGGGACUGUGGUCGAGUGUGUUCACUGCGGCUGUCGUGGAUGUAGCUCAGACUCAUGA